AUAAAUUCUCAAAACACACACUUCAAACCCCCCACAAAACUCUCCCCAUCAGUCGGAAAAAGUAGUAGUUGCCGGCCGGUGAACAUUUCAGGUGAAAAAUGGAGAAGCAUUUGAUUCAACCGGCGGUGGCUGCGCUUCUCUCAUCAGUGAUCGCGUUUAGAUCUUACAAGCGCAAGUCACUCAGCUUGUCCGGAGCCAUUGCUGGAGUCAUUGUGAUGUUUAUUCACCUCGCUGUUAACUACAGGUUUGGAGCGAUGCUGCUGGUGUUCUUUUUUUCUUCUUCAAAGUUUACCAAGUUUGGAGAAGAUAGGAAAAGGAAAAUUGAUGCUGAAUUCAAAGAGGGCGGUCAACGCGAUUGGAUUCAAGUCCUUUUCAAUGGUGGCAUCGCAACCCUUUUGGUUCUGACUGUAUGGACAGUGAUUGGGUCAGAGGACAAAUGUCUGGAUUCAAAAGAGUCACGCAUGAUAACAUCUUUAAUUGGUGGUAUCAUUGGUCAGUUCUGCUGCUGCAAUGGGGACACAUGGUCUUCAGAGCUUGGGAUACUUAGUAAUGAGGAGCCUCGACUAAUUACAAACUUCAAGACAGUUCGAAGGGGUACAAAUGGUGGAGUGACAAAAGCAGGACUCUUGGCUGCAGCAGCAGCAGGCACUGUCAUUGGAUUGACAUUUGUAGUCCUGGGAUUUUUCACUACAAAGUGCACAUCUGAUGUGACUGUAAAGCAGCUUUUUGUCAUACCACUUUCUGCAUUGGCUGGAGUAUGUGGAAGUGUUAUUGAUUCUUUGUUGGGAGCAACACUACAAUUCAGUGGAUUCUGUUCUGUUCGGAAGAAGGUGGUUGGGAAGCCAGGACCAACUGUGAAGAGAAUAUCUGGUCUUACUGUCCUUGAUAAUAAUGCAGUGAACCUCGUAUCAAUAUUGCUGACAACGGCUAUAACCUCCAUUGCCUUCUUAUACAUUUUCUGAAUGUAUCCACCCAGCUCAAUUUGAAUUCUGUAGUAUUUUGUAUCAUCUUCCAGCAACAAUGAGGAUUAUGUUCAUGCUAUAAAUGCUACUAAGUAUCAUAAUCCCUAUCGAGAUUAAAUGAGAGAAUUUUUUCUCAAUGCUGCCAUUUUGAUCUCAAAGUAAUCAAUUGUUUCUUCUUU